GGGUGCGGGGCUGUUUUUGGCGGGCUGCGGCGCGAGGCGCGGGCGCCCGCGCGGUCCGAGCGCCCGGGGCAGCCAUGGCCCACGUCUGGGAGAAGGAUCACCUCUGGCUCUACUUGCUGGCCCUCGGCUUCGACCCGAACAAAUGCCCCGAGGACGUGAACGUGGGACGGCACAUGUUUGAUAAACCAAACCCCAAAGCGUUUGCUGUCGUUGCCCUCUUCUUGUUUACUAAGCUGGAUAAGGACCGUGCACAAGAAACUUUUCGGAAUUAUGUGUUGGGAGCGGAAGCCAAUCUUCAAUUUAGGAAGCAGUGCUGUAACUGGCUAGGAGAAAUUUCACAUCCGGGGAAAAGCCGUCUUCCAAAGAUUACACCUUCAUCACUGCUUUCUCCUACUGGUCCUAAAUUUGUUCGCUUAGUCUACUGGUUUGCAAGAUAUGUAAUGAUUGAGGACAUGAAAAAGUUCUCUGUAGGCACUUGCAUACCUUUUGCUGAAGCUGUAACAUUGAGACCUGAGGACAUGGACAUUGCAAAAGCAAGACAUAGAGUUGGAUACAAUAAACUGCUGCAAAUUCUUCAAAAGGAAGACAUUGUUAUUCAAGAAUAUGGGAAAAAAGCACAGGUUUUAGUUAAAGAAAUAGAAGAGACAGAGUCUGAAUAUGCAGUUAUGCAGAUACAGUCUUUGAGGAUGAAACAAAAUGACCAAAACAAAAGUGACACAGUUGAGAGAACUGAAAAGGUCCGCAGUAUGUGGACACUUAUAAUGGAAAUGCUUACAUCUCUGAAAAAGGAUAAGGAAGUUGUGGAUUCUAUACUUGAAAAUUGUGCGCAUCAGUGUAUUUUAGAUGGAACUGAUGUUGUUUUGAGAAUUCCAGGGUUGCUGGCUCACAGAAUUGAAAAUGAUGAAAGUUUUACAGAAAAUGUAUAUGAAGAUGGAAAAUUGAAGUUCUUAACAGUCAUGCACGUGUUAAAUGAAACCUUGAGGAUGUUGAGAAAUGAACACUGUCAGUCUGAAUUAAAAGAACUUCACGGGAUUGAGAACAUGGUUAAAUCUUGCAAUAAAUUAUUACAGAAUUUGAACACAAAGAGGCUAGAAAGAGAGCAUCAACAUUGUGUGUCAGUGUGUGAAUCUAUUUUUAGAAAAGAGGAAGACUGGGAAAUGAAGUGGAAAACAUUUCUUGGCCAUCAUCCUUUUAAUUCAAUCUUUAAAGAGGAUCUAGAACCUAGUUCAACAGCUUCACCACCCCAGUCUCCUAGUCUUCCAGAAGAAGAUAAAGACAGUGACCUUCAUCAAUAUCUAGCAUCAAUUUCAGGUAUUUUUGACUCUCUUAAUAAAGAACGUUGUGAGAAAGAUGAGGGAGCUUUGGAAACUAUGAUGGAUAAGUCAUCAUCACCACCAAAAUGGAUCUCUUCAGUGCUGUUGAAGCUGUUGGAAGCACCUGAAAACGAGGACCUGUUGAUCAAAAAUAAUUUGCAUACGGAAACUUGUGGGGGAAAUAAAAAACCUGUGCCUCCGCAAAUCCUAAAAAAUGGAAAGGAAGAGUUCCUCAUUUCAGAAAUGCAAGAGAAUUCAGGUCAAGAUGUUACCCUGCCAAAGACUUCUGUGGAAAAAGAAGACCUUCUUGAGAAAGCCAGAGAUGAACUGGCAGAAGAGAUUGCAAAGACUGUGAUGUCUGAGUCACCUGACAGUGAUGAAGAAAAAGGAAUGUCAUUAGAUGAUCUCAUUAGCUCACUGCGUUUUAACCCAUUUAUAACAAGGAAAGAAAUUCCGCGAACUCCAGAAAAUCUGCAUAAGAAGAGUUGAAUAAGAAGCUGGGCACAAAGGAACCAUCAUCAGGAUACAAUUUGUAAAGCAGAAGCAUAACUAUAGUAGCACAAUUAUGGUUCACUUGACCAAGUAUCCUCUCCAGUCAUUGCCUGGAUGGGGAAGUUGCACUGCUUUCUUUUUUGUGGAGACUGUAUUCCAGCCUCCUUGUUUAAGACUGUCAGUUGCCUACUCUGGUUCUGCUAGUUUCAUGUCAUCCAUGGUGACAUUGGGUAUACCCACACCUUUUUACGGAACUGUUUUUUCUUUUUUAAGCAUAUUAAAAAUAGCAGAUACUAAGUGGCAAAAUCCUAGAAAAUUGAAAAAUGAAAUCUCAGAUGAGAAAUAGUGAAUUCUGUGGGUUUCUAUUUUGCUCCUAAUGCACACCCCAUAGCCUCCCAGCCCUCAAAACCAACAACUUCAAAUUUAACUUGAUGCUCUACAUUCUAUUGCAUUCGUUUCUCUUCCUGAGAGUUCUGGUCUAUAUUGCCACGAAUUCUGCCUAUUCUCUUCUUCUAAACUUCCACUGGAGUGUUUAUUUCUUAAGGUGUAUUGCUGAAUAAAUACUUUACACUAAUGUUACAAAAAUUUA